UCACUGCCCUUGCGCAGGCGCAGCGGUGCGACCUGAGAGCCAGUCUUCGCGAGCUUUUUGGGUUUUUGGGUGUGACGUAGAAGGAAAAAGUCUUCAGCGCCCGAGAGUUCCUGGAAAUGGAGAAGAGAACGAGGUUGCCCGAGAAGUAGAUUAGAAGUUGGUGGUGUGGAAGCAGAUCUCAGUCCCAUUACUAUGAGUCUCCUGAACACCAGGACCAGCUACGAGGCCCGAGACUCAGACAACGCAUGCUGUGCAGCAAUGGCCAGCGCUUGCUGCUCGAAAGACGAGUCCGUCAGCACUCCGGUGGGGACGCCGGUUACCAGCCCCUCGAGCUUGGUAAUGGAUGACGUGGAAGGCUAUGAUGUGGACUUUGAUCCCCCGCUGGAGAACAAGUAUGAGUGUCCCAUCUGCCUCAUGGCUUUGCGCGAGGCUGUGCAGACGCCGUGCGGACACAGGUUUUGCAAAGCCUGCAUCACGAAGUCUUUGAGGGAUGCCGGCCAGAAGUGCCCAGUGGACAUGGAAAUUCUACUGGAAACCCAGCUUUUUCCAGACAACUUCGCCAAACGGGAAAUCCUCUCGCUGACCGUGAAAUGUAAAAGCCAGGGCUGCAACGCAAAGAUGGAACUGAGGCACCUAGAGCAUCACAAAGCAGUGUGUGAAUUUGCCGUUGUGGAAUGCAGACAAUGCCAGCUACCUUUCCAGAAGAAACAGCUAGACCAACACAUGAAAGAGGAUUGUCCAAGGCGCCUGGUGUCCUGCGAAAACUGUGCCUUUCAAAUGGCGUAUGUGCAUAGGGAGGACCAUGAGCAGACCUGUCCAUUGGCCUACGUGACAUGCGAAUAUUGUCAAACAAAUCUCAUCAGAGAGCAGCUGCCUAAUCAUUACGAUAUGGAUUGUGCGAUGGCACCGAUUCCUUGCACAUUCAGUGACUUUGGAUGUACAGAAAAGAUGCAAAGACACGAGCUGGCGUUGCACCAGCAGGAAUUCACCUUAGCGCACAUGCGGAUGAUGGCACAGGCCCUGCGCAGCAUCAGCAUACCCUCGCCCAACCAUCUGGCCAGGUUCUCCUUCUGCGAUCCGACCCAGUUUGAGCCCGGGCCUCCGUCAGUGAUCCCCCCUCACUCCUCUAUCAUGCCUUCCCAGCAUGAAUGCAGCCAGGAGACACAGCACCUCAGGGAGACCAUUGAACAGCUGGAAGGACGCCUCGUGAGGCAAGACCACCAGAUCCGUGAACUAAUAGCCAAGAUGGAAACUCAGACUCAUUAUGUAGCGGAGCUUAAGCAAACCAUCCGAGCCAUGGAGGAGAAGCUGGCCGAGGUGGAGGCUCAGCAGUACAGUGGCAUUUUUGUGUGGAGGAUUACUAAUUUUAGUAUGUAUCUGAAAAACCAUGAAGAGGAGAAGCCGGUGGUAAUCCACAGCCAGGGCUUUUACACAGGGAAACCUGGCUACAAGCUUUGCCUAAGGCUGCACCUUCAGCUUCCCUCGGCGCCUCGCUGUGCCAAUUACAUUUCCCUUUUUGUACACACCAUGCAGGGAGAAUACGACAGUCUCCUUCCCUGGCCGUUCCAAGGAACAAUCCGUCUUUCUAUCCUGGACCAGUCCGAAGGAUCUGUCCCUCAGGACCAAGAGGAGGUGAUGGAGACAAAACCGGAUCUUCUGGCUUUCCAACGGCCUAUGGCCCCUCGGAAUCCCAAAGGCUUCGGCUACGUCACUUUCAUGCACCUCCAGAAUUUAAAGCAGCGGCAGUUUGUUAAAAAUGACACUUUGCUGGUGCGUUGCGCUGUGACCGCGCAUCUUGACCUCAACAGCCCGCGAAGGGAAGGCGUUCAUCCACGAAGCUCGGAUGGACCAUCCUAAUUUUAGUUCCAGUGGUGCAGGACUAACAUGAGCUGUGUUUUCCUAAAUGAAAUAAGGUUCUCAGGACUGACCGACACGCUGAUAACUUCGG